AAAUGUUCAACAGCCUAACCAAAUAUGUGUUGAAAUGUUGGGGGUAGAUCUGGUCGAGGGUGAGGGGUCUGCCAAAGCAAGGGGUCAGGGUAUUAAAUUAUCUAGCCUACAAUUGUACCACGACUCCAUAACUUUGACUGAGGAAUCCUCCGAACAAGAAAAAGUCAUAAAAACCCGGGUUUACAUUAUGCUAUUGUUUGGGAACUUGCUAUUUCCCGAAGGGACGGGAAAUAGCAUAAAUUUUAUGUACUUGAGUUUGCUCGGGGACAUUGAUAGAAUAAGCACAUAUAGUUGGGGUUCUGCAGUAUUAGCAUUCCUAUAUAGCUCUUUGUGUAAAAAUGCACAAAAUGAGCACUGUACAUUUUCUGGAUGUUCUUUUUUGCUUCAAACAUGGGGGUGGUGGAGAUUGCCGAGGCUAGCCCCAGAAAAUCCUAAUGACUACUCCUUCCCCUACGCAACUAGGUUCAUUACAACCGGACUGGAUUACAGUCUUACCCCCAAAAAUAAAAUUAUAUUUUAUCGUCAACUGUUGGAUCGUCUCCGAGCACAGGAUUUUAUUUGGAGGCCAUAUUUGGGAUUGGAACAUCAACCAAACCCCGAAGAUGCAGCUGUUUGGACAGCAAAAACGGCCAUAAUGCGGUUCACCACUGUGGAGAUGCACCAAAGUGACCGUGUCAAGCUUCAAUUCGGAAUGCAUCAAGACAUCCCAGGCCCCCCAAUGUCCAUGGAACCUUGGCAUCUAAAAAAAGUCAGCCACCAGUGGUAUGCCCAAAAUUGGAAGGAAUUUGCUAAGGAGUUUCGAAAAAUGUGGAAAGACCGUGCCCACUAUGUUCUACAAUUUCCGGUGGCGCCCAACGAAAUGAAGCCGACAAGGGAAUAUGUGGAAUGGUAUAGAGCAAAUACCAAUCCAGAAAUGAUUGUGUCUGACCCGUUCUAUUUGGACGAUCCCCGGAUGCAACAGCCAUAUUUCCAACAACAACAACCACCACAGUAUUCCCAACAACAACAACCACCACCUUAUUACCAACAACAACAACCACCACAACCAUUUUACCAACAACAACCACCACCACCUUAUUACCAACAACAACCACCACCACCAUAUUACCAACAACAACAACCACAACACAUGUCCACCCCCCAAGCAAAUCAACAAUACAUACCACAAACUCAAUCCCAAUACCAUGAAGACUACCAACAACAAACUCAACAUUCCCACCACCAUCAACAGUCCCAACACCUACCACAAUAUCAAUCCCCCUACUUCCACCAAUCCCAACAAUUCCAACACGGCAAUUUCCCAAGCUCUUCCAGUCCUCCACCUAGCCCCGACACGGGUAUACAAGAGGACUACCAACAGGACUACUACACACCACAACAAACAUUGCACUUUGGCCAACCCGAUUCAACCCUAAACUACCAAAGACCACAAUUCGAGGGCGCACCCAGCAGUAGUCAGUUUGUCCCACCGAGACAAAGCUUCGAGGGCGCAGAGGGGACCCGUCUUUCCUACAGCACUGAAGGGACUUCGACCAAACCACAACGGCAAGCGGCAAGGGGGCGCGUUAGGGCAAGGGGUGGUAAUAGGGAAGCACCACCACCACGUGAACCGUCUAGGCGAGUAACUAGACCUCCCCCGUGCGGAUCGUACAAGGGACCGCAUCAUAUGUGAUUAAUCAUAUCUUUGUAAUAUUUGCCUUGUUUAUUAUUUAAAUAAAAAUAUUUUCUGUUUAUUA